GGGGUGGAUUAGAUUUUGGAGCAAUAGCUAAGUCAGGUGUAGCCAGACGGAUAGAAUUGGGGAGGGUCGAGGGAGUUUUUGAGUGUCAAAGAUGAAGACUCUUGUAUUAGCUCCUUCACCUCUACGCACCUUUUCCCCAUUUUCAAGCUUUCUUUACUCUAAUCUCAACAACAAUGCUACUCAUAACUACCUUCUUUCUCCUUCUCCAUCUAAAUCCUUUUCCUCACUAACCUCAACUUCUCCUCUUCUCGCCAUGGCUUCUCAGAAUGUAUCAUCUGGUGAUGAGGUUGAUAUCUUUCAGUUGAUUCAAGCUCAUCAGGAGAAGGCUGCUAGGCUAUCUCCUAUUGAAGAUGUUAGAACACUUCUUCAUUAUAGCCUCCGUGGCGUGCUUUCUACUUUCUCUCAGAAGUAUGAGGGCUAUCCUUCAGCUUCCAUGGUAGAUUUUGCAUGCGAUACGUAUGGAUCUCCAAUAUUAGCCGUUAGCAACUUGGCUGUUCACACCAAGGAUCUCCUAGCUACUUCUAGGUGCUCAUUGCUUGUUGCAAGAGAUCCUGAAGAUAGGACGGACUUAGUAAUUACAGUGCAUGGUGAUGCUGUUCCUGUACCAGAAAUAGAGAAAGAAGGUAUUCGAGCCACAUAUUUGGCUAGGCAUCCUACGGCAUUUUGGGUUGACUUUGGUGACUUCCACUUCAUGCGCAUUGAACCCAGAAUUGUACGUUAUGUAGUGGGCGUUGCAACUGCCAUAUUGGGAUCUGGAGAAUUUAGCAAAGAGGAGUUUCGAACAGCUAAAGUAGAUCCAAUAUACCAAUUUUCAAGGCCAAUCACGUCACAUAUGAAUAAAGAUCAUAUGGAGGACACCAAGCUGAUUGUGCAGCACGCAACAUCAGUUCCGGUUGACUUUGCGUACAUGUUGGAUAUAGACAGUCUUGGUUUUAAUGUCAAGGCUUGCUACAAGGACACUGAUUUGAAGCUUCGAGUUCCAUUCCCUAGACGUGCUGUAGACAGAAAGGAUGUGAAGGCACUUAUUGUUGAAAUGCUUCAGGCUGCCAGGACUUAGGCUCAUUAACUAACCAUUAUAAUUUCCCAUUCCAGCUUCAUAUUGGUGUGGUGUUCUAUAUCAUGUAAAUAUUAAACACAGCUCUGUGGAAUGCUUGUUUCACAAUGAGAUCUCAAGAUUGCUAAGCUAUAUAAAAAAUCUGAUAGCAAACCUGCAAUUUUAGUGAUCAUGA